CCCUCAGAAAAUCGAGAGAAUGAAAUCUCGACCUACUUGCUUCUUCCAGGAAAUAUCUGAUUUCGCGUGGAAAAGGAUAAGGUUGAAGGGAAGAAAUUGAGCAUUUGUUCAUGGAAGUCUAUAGGCAGCACAGACUACCUUCUAUCCUCACCAGGAAGUAGCAGUCAAUGACAUAUGGGACAUCCAGACAAUGCAAAGAUCUUCAAGCUGGGAUUCUUUACUCCUGUGAACUCUACAAAUCGUUAUGUUGGUAUCUUGUGCAACGUCUCUGUACUGACUCCGGUUUGGGUAGCUAAUAGAAGCAAGCCACUAAAUGAUUCUUCCGGUAUUGUGACAAUAUCGGAGGAUGGUAAUCUUGUAAUUUUGAAGGGACAGAAAGAGAUCAUUUGGUCAUCAAAUGUUUCAAAUCCUGUGGCAAAUUCAAGUGCACAGCUUUUGGAUACCGGGAACCUAGUCUUGCGAGACAAUUCCGGUGGACGGAUCAUAUGGGAAAGUUUUCAACAGCCUUCAGACUCAUUCUUGCAGAAGAUGAGAAUUGGUACUGAUGCAAAGACAGGAGAGAGUACUCGGCUAACAUCAUGGAAAAGUCCUUCGGAUCCAUCGAUUGGAAGCUUCUCCGUUGGGGUCAAGCCUUUGAACAUCCCACAACUUUUUGUUUGGAAUGGUGGCCAUCCAUAUUGGCGUAGUGGUCCUUGGGAUGGUCAGAUUUUUAUUGGAGUUCCAACGAUGGCUUCUUCAUAUCUCACGGGAUUUACUCUUGUAGAUGACAAAGAAGGAACCGUUUCUCUAGCUUAUACCUAUCCAACUGAUCCGUCCUAUUUAUUAUACCUGCUCUUGAAUUCUGAAGGAGAUCUACAGCAGAAGAAUUGGUUGUUUAGUGGAAAGGAAGAGUGGGAAGUGGCAUGGUCGGCUAUAGAACAUGAGUGUGAUGUUUAUGGCAAGUGUGGACCAUUUGGAAGCUGUAAUUCACUGGAGUCACCAAUUUGUACCUGUUUAAGGGGAUUUGGGCCAAAACAUAUGGAUGAAUGGAGUCAAGGAAAUUGGUCUAGUGGAUGCAUAAGAAAGACAACAUUGCAAUGUGAACGAAACAAAACUGUCAAUGAAGUGGGCAAAGAGGAUGGAUUUUUGAAGCUUCAGGCCAUGAAAGUGCCGGACUUAGCGGAAUUGCCAUCUGCUACGGAAGACGAUUGUGGAAGCCUAUGCUUGAAUAUUUGUUCAUGUAUAGCUUAUUCAUAUUACACAGGCAUUGGAUGUAUGCAAUGGAGUGGAAGUCUACUGGACAUUCAGAAACUCCCCAGAGGUGGGGUGGAUCUUUACAUUCGAGUGGCAUAUUCAGAGCUUGAUGAAGCAAAAAACAUCAAAGUAAAACUAGCAGUUAUCAUUAGCAUUGGGUCGGCUGCCAUUGCCAUCUGCACCUACAUUUCUUGGAGGUGGAUAGCCAAGCUAAGAGGAAGGAAGCAAAAACCUGAAGCACAUCCAGAUGAUCCUACUGAAAGCAUGCUUCGAGAUAAUACCCACCUAAUAAAACUUGAAGAGAUGCCAUUAUUUAGUUUUGAGAAUUUGGCAAAAGCAACUGACAACUUUCAUGGUGCUAAUAAGCUUGGGCAGGGUGGUUUUGGUCCAGUGUACAAGGGAAAACUUCCGAAUGGACAAGAAAUAGCUGUGAAAAGGCUCUCAAGAUCCUCUGGACAAGGGUUAAAAGAGUGUAUGAAUGAAGUUGAGGUGAUUUCUAAACUUCAGCAUCGCAAUCUUGUUCGGCUCCUUGGCUGCUGCAUAGAAGGAGAAGAAAAGAUGUUGAUCUAUGAAUACAUGCCAAAUGGAAGUUUGGAUGCAUUUCUUUUCGAUUCGUUGAAACAAGAACUCCUAGACUGGGGUAAACGCAUGAACAUCAUCAAAGGGAUUGGUCGUGGCCUGCUUUACCUUCAUAGAGAUUCCAGAUUAAGAAUUAUUCAUAGAGACUUAAAACCGAGUAAUAUUUUGUUGGAUGAAGAGCUAAACCCAAAAAUUUCAGAUUUUGGCAUGGCAAGGAUUUUUGGUGGCAACCAAGAUCAAGCUAAUACUCGAAGGGUUGUCGGAACAUACGGAUAUAUGGCCCCUGAAUAUGCAAUGGUCGGAAGAUUCUCAGAAAAGUCUGAUGUCUACAGCUUCGGAGUGUUGAUAUUAGAGAUUAUAUCGGGGAGAAGGAACACCAGCUUUUAUGAUGAUGAGCACUCUCUUAGCCUUCUAAGAUUUGUAUGGAAAUUGUGGAAUGAAGAUAAGGUUGGUGCUCUUGUGGAUCCAAUGAUAUCUGAUCCACACUUCAAAAUGGAGAUAUUGAGAUAUAUACAUGUAGGACUAUUAUGCGUGCAAGAAUUUGCAAAAGAUAGGCCAGAUGUUUCGACUGUUCUAUCAAUGCUUAGUAGUGAAAUUGCAGAUCUCCCUUCCCCAAAACAACCUGCAUUUACUGAAAGAAGUAUUUCUCCAGGGAGACAGUCUUCUCAUGAAAGUCAAAAACAACGUUCUCUCAAUGGUCUCACUAUCACAAUUGCUGAAGGCCGAUAAAAGAGAAAUUAUGAUAAUUACUUUCAAUUUUUGUUAUUUCUUCUAUGUACAUACCUGUGUAAUUCGAUUUAACUUGCCUUGCAACAUAUGAAUUUUUUGAUCUAGCCUAGAUAAUUUUUGAUCCACAAGGUUGUGGACUACAUAAGUCAGCUACUCGUCAUUAGCUUACAUUUUAAUCAUAAUGCAUUGGCGGAUAUGGGUUGGAAAAUUCUGUGUUGUUACAGAAGAAUUACCUUCUUGGUGGUUGUUAAGCAUAUAAUGAUAUCUGGACUGUUUUGUAGUUUAUUUUCACGUAUACUGCUGUAACUCAGGCCACAAGCUCUUGAGGAUCAUUUUCUAUACAAAAUGUUACUCCAAAAAUCAGGUGAUGGUGUUGGAAAAACAUCUUCUUUAGUGGUCUGCUUUAAUGCUUUGACUGGUAGCUGAUUAAUUCAAAAAACAACAUAUGGUGGUUAUGGUGCUCAGUUUCAUACCAUGAGCGGGUGAAGUGCUAUAGGCCCAAACCAUAAGAGGGUAAACCUUGAGUGCCUUUGCCUCCCAGUUCUCAGAAAAAUGUGGCUCUUCUGUAGCAAAGACUGUUGGUUCAAGAUUAGAAAAUUAAUAAAACAAAAC